AGUUUUGUACCGCACGCGUCUAUUUCUCCUCUUAUCUUCAACGUGAAUGUCCGGCGUUUCCACACUUAAUGCUGUUUUUUGGAAACAUCACACUAUCUGAAAAGUUUUUCCUGGGCAGAAAUUGCGACAUUCUGAAGAUUAUUUCACAUUAGACGACAUGGAACUGCAAAUAUUUAUUAUUGGGACUUUUCGGUUUCCACACGAGCUUCUGCUCGUCUCCGGGUGUUACUGAGGAGGAACACUAUUGACAUUUCGCGUUAUAGAGACAUCAAGUUAUUAAAAUGAGUUGACAAAACUACGUUAAAUUAUUUUUAUAUGGACACUAAUCUUAUUUAUAAUCUGUAGGAUAUAUGAGUGGGGCAACAUGACGUCGCACACACUUAAAAGAAGUUUCGAACCUCAGUUUGGAGAGGCUCAUUUGGGAUAUAUUGAUUUUAAUGUAGCCUACAUAACGUUAAAUGCCGACGAAGGAGACCAGGAGUUUGAUCCGCAUGACUUGAGGAUUUUAUCAAGGGGUUAAAUGGUUCUGAUAACAGACAGCAGGGAUGGCGGAGGAUCAUCUCCAAGAAAGAUUCAACCACUUAAACAUGCUACAAGCGGCCAGAACUGUCCCACUAUAGUGGAGGAAUCACCUGAUCGAGCAGGCGAUGACGAUUAUGAUGAAUAUCUCGGCUCGUGCGAGACGGAAGGGAACGAUGAGGACUUCGAGGAAUUGGGGGACUUCUCAGAACUGCCGGAUGACAGGAGUAUCGUCUCAGAUGACUCAUUUUAUCCACCGGACGAUGACUUUGCGGACUCCGAGAGAACCCCUUCUCCGGAGAGUCCAGAACCGCUGUCCUUUUUUCAAGCGUGUUGCAAAAACAAUGCGCUCAUAGUGAAAUUCAUGAUAAGACAAGGUGUUACGGAGGAGGACGUUCGGGAGACGGACAAAAACAAAAGAACUGGACUAAUAGUGGCGUGCUACCAAGGGUAUGUGGAUGUUGUGAUUGCUCUUUCCCAGUGUCCUCACCUGGAUGUGAACUGGCAGGACAAUGAGGGAAAUACAGCCCUCAUCACAGCUGCCCAGGCGGGUCACAUCACAAUCUCUAACUACCUUCUCAACUACUUUCCCGGGCUUGACAUCGAGAAGAGGAACUGCCACGGUUUCACCGCUCUGAUGAAAGCUGCUAUGCAGGGUCGAGUGGAAUGUGUCAAAGCCCUGAUGCUGGCAGGGGCUGAUCUGGAAGCCAGGGACAAUGGGAGGAAGUUCACUGCGCGAGAGUGGGCCAUCUUCACAAGCCGCUACGAGACCGUCUUUGCCAUGAUGCGGCUGAUGCAUCAGCCGUGUGCGGACCAGUUCUGUGACGCCUAUCGGCCAGAGUGGCCCCUUCUGUCCGCAUUGGUGGCCAAAGCUCAGGCGCCCAAAGGAUGCAUCCGUAAAAUUUCAGAGACACUACGUGACUUCUUUGACAUAAGGAACGUCACGGAGGCUUCAGAGGACGGGGUUCUGGAUCACAUGGUGCGCAUGACAACAGCACUGAGCAGUCCGUUCAUCGCAACGGCGUGUCGAACGGUGUGUCCGGACAGCCCGCCUUGCGUGGGAAAACGACGUUAUUCAGUUCAGGAGAUCCUGAAGAAACAACGCAUCGCACAGCUGAAAGGUCUGGGACCCGAGCGCCUCGAGAACUACAAACGUCUUUUCCAGAACUCCCGCGUCCUGCUGGUGCCCAAACCCAAAGAUCGCCGUGCGAGUCUGCAGGCCCAAACGGACAUCUCUUCGUCCUCUCAAGUCAUCCGCAGGACCAGUCUGCUCCCCUUAAACAUGCUGAGGAGGAGCAGCGUCAGACCAGGUAUGGUGGUGCCCAAGCUGAGGAUUAGCAAGGCUCCUACGCCAACCUACGUGCCGGAGAAAGUGCGGCGGAAAAGCAGCUUUGUAGAAGACCAGUUCCUUCAGAUCCCCAAGUGGAGAUAUAAAGAACUUAAAGAGGAGAGAAAGAAAGCAGAGGAGGCGGAAAGGAAAAGACUGGAGGCCAUAACAAAAAGACAGCUCUCUACUGGCAAAAGGAAAUAAGUGUGUGCAAACUCAACAUUUGAUACUUGAAAUUCAUUCCUGAUAUUGGAUGGAAACGUAUUUUACUAUUUAUUGUUUUUUUAGUUAUUUUUUUGUAAUGGUAAAUGCUUCUAAACUAUUUUUACCCUCUUCAAAAUGGGGGUAAAGUUAUUGACUUAAAGAAGCUCCUUUAAUAUUUUUGCAGGUUUAUGAGCAACAGGAAGCUAGCCAAACCAGAUCAGCUAUAUGGGUACACUACUAAAACAAGAUGCUACUGUGUGUUUACAUCCUUAAAAUAGGACCAAAUGCUAGCAUUGGCUCAGAUUUGUCAGUAUUUAAUCAUCAUGAAUGUACUUAACAAAAUACAUUUUUAAUACCUCAUUUUUGAAAGUAUUUUUCUAAACAUUGUAGGAGACAAAUAGUCAGACAAUCGCCAGCAAAUAAUGAAAGACGGAGUAGUGUAGUAUCACGGAUCAGCAUCUUGUUUGAUAUUUUCUAUACAUGUAUUUUACUACGUUUUAUACUACUAAAGCACAGUUUGUCGCCCCUAUAAAUUUGCACACUAAAUGACUAGCCUUUGCCAGUAAUUAGCAGGGACCUGCUUGUGAUGAUGAGAUCCACUUGAAAAAUGGCUAAACAGGUAAAAUGAACGGCAAAGCAAAUUUACUCAUGUUUAAAAAUCAUAUAAACUACUGUUAAAAAACUUGGCAUAACAGAUUUCUUUUUAAAAGAAAUACAUUUUUUUUCUCACAUUAAAUUGAUCAAAAGUGAUAGUAAAGAAAUUUAAUAAUGUUAUAAGUUUUGUAUUUGUAACACUGUUUACACAAAAAUAUUGGACAAAUGUUAAAACAUUGAUAAUCAUAGGAAAUCUGACAAUGAAGGAUGCAAUAAUGGCUUUAUUCACAAGAAUAAAUUACAUUUUAAAUUAAAUUAGAAAACAGUUAUUUUAAUUUUCACUAGAUUACUGUUUACUGUAUUGUUGAUCAAAUAAAUGCAGCAUAGAUGAUCAUUAGCCUUUUAUUUAUUUAUUUUUUAACAGUAAUGAAUCUUGGCAAACUAGUAGUUUAAAAAAUCAAGUCAAUUAUUUAGCAAAAGAGUAGCCAUCAAUUAUUAAGUUGAAAGGUUUUUCCUAAAAAGAUAGCUUUGGGGUAAGCUGUGCCAGAGGUUCAACUAACAGUGACACUGAAAUUUACCCUCAAAUCCAGAAAAUACCGUUUUAUUUUAUACUGAAUAUUUAAUAUUAUGCCAGCUAUUAUGAAAAUGCAAAUAAGGUGCAGCAAAAUACUUGCAAAAUGCAAACAUUAGCAAACUAUUCCCCAAUUUGAACUUGACAUGACACAACUUACCCCCAACAUGGGCAAAUGCUUUGGGAUGGGGAUUUUUUAAAAGGCCUUAUAAACACUUUCUAACAAUUUCAGUUUAUAGGAUCCAUCCUGAAAUAUAUAUUAAGUAAAAAGUGGCACAACUUACCCCGCUCUUCUUCAGAUCCAGGAACACUAAAACCAAAUUCAACAACAAAUCUCAGGUAUGAACGGUUCUGUAUGCAGAAUGAUAACUUUUUUUAAAUGAAAGUAUAUGGAGUGAUAUCUGUUUGAAAUGUCUUCUCACUGACCGUCUCGUCAUCUCUACCGCACCACUGUGCCUCGGACUACACAAAACAAACACACACUACUCAUUUUAUAUGGAAGUCAAAACCUACCAGUGCUGACGUUAUGUCAGGUAACCCUGUUAUUGUAAAACAGUGCUGUUUACACUAUUUUAGGUUGUACUAAAUAAACCAAAAGUGAUGACCAGCAAUACCUGGAAUAAGAGUGUCAUUGUAACUGGAAUAAAACACAGCUGCUUUGUAAUA